AUGACUUCUAUCAUCGGUCUGGGGAUAGGUGAAUGGUCAAACAAACUUACUGGAUCCGAUGCUACCACUGAUGAUUGUCUUUCAUUCUUACCGUCCUUUUAUAACGAUAAGACAGUCAAGGAGUUAAAGCUGAAAGUGAUCAAGCAUGCGUUGCUAUCAGAUGAUACUCCGUUGAUAUAUGAUCUUGGGAAGUCUAAAGGUGGAUUUGUAUCCAAUGAGAUACGGCAAAUAUGCUGGCAUAAAGUGUUAACUAGUCAGUUAAUAUUACAACCCAGAACAAAUGUCGAUGGACUUAAUAUACCUCAUUGUGAUGAGAAUCAGAUAGACCUUGAUGUUAACAGAUCAUUUGGAUACAUCUCAAAUGAAAAGACAAGAACAUCAUUGAAAAGAAUCUUAAAGGGGGAAAUAGUACAUUUUUUCAGAUCAUAUCCCAAAUUAAGAUAUUACCAAGGUUAUCAUGAUAUUGUAUCGACAUUUAUUGUAAUGUUUUGUUAUGAUUCCAAACACUAUAAACUCAAGACAAAAAUAUCACACCAAACUAAACGUCGACUAUCUGAUUGCAUUGAAAUAUAUUCAUUAUUAUACUUGCGGGAUUUCUUAAUGGAUUCUUUAGAUUUUCCUAUUGACCAACUUGGAAUCAUUCCAUUUUUAAUAAAGGACAAAGAUAUAACUUUGUAUCAAAAAUUACAAUUAGAUAAAAUUAAACCAUUUUUUGCCAUUGCAUCGAUAUUGACUAUAUUUUCACAUGACCUCAAACCUGAUACCAUGAAUGACAAUUGUAUAAUCUUCCAAAUAUUUGAUCUAAUGAUAUGUACACAUUCCAUGUACACUCCGUUGGUUCUAUAUAGCAAUAUGAUUCUUGCGGUUAAAGAAAAUCUAUAUGAAGAAUACGAUAAGAACUUGGAGAAUUUUGAGAAUGAAACAGAUUUAGUUCAUGGAAUUAUACAAAAAGUAUUAAUACAAUCAAUGCAAGAUAAAACUACAUACACAAAACUAUGGAACAACGUUCUAGCAACCACUCGUACCAGCUAUACGAUAGCAAAGGAUACACAAAAGAAAAUAUAUAAGAUGAUCAAUAAAGCCAGUCCACUGAGAAACACAGGAAGUGGUAUGAAGUUAGUCAGGAUUGUUGAUCAAAAUUAUAUAGGUAAACUUAUUGAUAAAGGGAUUUCAUUGAAUGAAGAGAACCAUAAGAAACUAAGUGGGAACAACAACGAUUACUAUGAAGAACGGAAAUAUAACAAAAUUAUUAAAGCAUCUCUGUUAAUUGGCGUAUGUUCUAUAGCGUUAGGUGCUUGUGAUCAUAAGAUGCAAUUGUCAUCUCAUGUCUUCUCCGCACCAAAUCUUGACAUACCCAAAUUCACAGACGUGGCGGGAAUACUAUCUGAAUCCUUAAAGGACAUAAAGAAUAUUAUAUAG